CCGAUAUGGACGAAAAGCGUGGAGUAGAGGAUGCUGGAACCAAUGACUUGCCUACGGUCAUGAGGGAUGGCAUCAAGCUUCACCCACAGCCAACCAGCGAUCCUCUUGACCCUCUGAACUGGACCCGAUGGCGCAAGAACUGCAUCCUCGCAAUUGUCAUGUCACUGUACUUUAUGUUUACGUACAUCACGACCACGACAGUACCCUCGUUCCCGCAAAUCCAGGAACAGUAUGGCAUCGACCUCGGUCAGGUUAAUUGGACUGUUGCGAUUCCCGCUUUGGGCCUCUCCGUGGGACCUCUGUUUUGGAGCUCUCUCGCCGAUAUCUAUGGACGACGGCUCAUAUUCAUCAUUGGCACCAUCAUUGCCUUUGCGGCCACUAUAGGCGCCGCGAAAGCUCAAGACUACCAAGGCUACAUGGCCGCCCGAUUUUUCCAAGGUUUCGGCGUGAGUCCAGCCGCCACAGUCGGUCUUGCGAUCAUAAACGACAUUUACUACGAAUAUCAGCGGGGUCUCAAAGUCGGUCUCUGGGUCCUAGCCAUCGACAUGGGUCUAAUAGUCGGCCCUCUGAUCGGUGGCUUCGUGGAUCUUGUGUCUGAGGCAUGGUGUAACUGGCUUACAUCUAUCUUCUUCGCCACCAUCCUUGCCGCAGAAAUCGCGUUCUUGCCGGAGACACUCUACCCCAGGAACCACAUGCUCAGAGUAAUGCCCUACGCUGAAACGACAGGAGUCGCCGACAUCGAGAAAACCGAACGCCGAGCUAGCAUCGCCACGGACGAAUCCCUCCCUCGCACGAAAACGCUCGCAUUCAUCAACAUCAAGCCCGUCCCAGGCAUGAAACACCCCAAGCCCUGGGACUCCAUCCUCCGCUUCGCCCUCACCUUCAAAUACCUCACCGUCUUCUCCACCGUCUGGAUUUUCUGCUUUGGGUGGUAUUGGUGGGUAUUAUCUAUUAUUACAUUUAUCCCCUCCGCCUACGUUCAAUACUCCCCCCAAAUCCAGGGGCUUCUUUUCAUCGGCCUGAUCCUCGGCACCCUCUUCUCGGAGCUCUUCUUCUCCGGCCGCCUCAGCGACUGGCUGACGCUCAAGCUCGCAAAACGCAACAACGGCAUCCGCCUCCCGGAAAUGCGUCUCUGGCUCGCCUACCCCGCGGCACUGCUCUCCGCCAUUGGGCUCAUCAUCUGGGGUAUCAGCAUCGACAAGGCCUACCACUGGAUAGUCGGGCAAAUCGCUUUCUUCUUAUUCGCGGCCGGGAUCCAGAUGGGCAACACGGCUGUCGCUAGCUACAUCGUGGACUGCUACCCGCUGCAGUCCAUGUCCAUCAUCACGUUUUACUCCGUGUUCCUGAAUCUCUCCGCGUUCGUUAACCCGUUCUUCAUCGCGCCGUGGGUGACAGCGCAGGGGUAUACGUGGACGUUCGCGGUGCAGGGGAUCAUCACGUUUUGGUUCUGUGUGCCGGCGCUGGCGUGCGUGCACUAUUUUGGCCCGAAGAUGAGGCAGUGGAGCGGGAUGCCCGGGUGGGUGAAUCCGGAGUAUGAUACUAUUGCUUAGAUAGGAGGUAGAGGCGCACGAAGAGGGGGAAGGUUCUUUAUACGGUUUAGAUAGGCGAUGUAAUUACAUGUUGUUAGACUUACAAGCGCUGUAUCACGAUUUGCUAAUAGAUCCUGC